AUGUCAGAGAAGAGAGGAAAGAUGAGUCUCUCACACAAACCGAGUGUAAGAUCAGGAUCACAUGUGUCCAGCUCUGUGUCUGUGAAGAGUGACUGCUCAAAAGGUGAACCACCGGAGUUCAGUGAGAAAACCCCAUCAGCUACUGAAAGUCUGCAUUAUGAGACAUUAGAUACAGACUUCCAGAUUAACAGGAACCGCAAUAAUUUCACAGACAAACUACAAGGAAUCUUCCAGGAUCUUGAGAAAAAAAUAAUCACAUUUCUAAGAAAUGAGCUAAUCAUAUUUAAGAAAAUACUACAAAAUGAAGACAUGCAAUACUUUGUGAAGGACUUUAAUGAGAACAGAUGCAGAAUGAAAGAAGUAGCUCUUGAUCUCACGCUCUACUUCCUGAGAGAGAUGAAGCAAGAUGAAGCUGCUGAUACUCUAGAAGAUGAGCUGUCCUUCAUUCAUCAGCUAAAGUGUAGCCUAAAGAAGAAGUAUCAAUGUGUGUUUGAAGGAAUUGCAAAGCAAGGUGACUCUACACUUCUGAAGAACAUCUACACAGAUCUCUAUAUCACUCAGGGUUGUAGUGAACAGGUCAAUACUGAACAUGAGGUGAGACAGAUUGAAGUUGCUUCCAGACGUCAUGAAUCACAGGAGAUACAGGUUGAGUGCAAACAUUUGUUUGAAGCACCUGAACAAGACAAGCAGAUCAGAACUGUACUGACAAAAGGAGUUGCUGGCAUCGGAAAAUCAGUCUCUGUCCAGAAGUUUGUUCUGGAUUGGGCCGAAGGAAAAGAAAAUCAAGAUAUCAGCUUCAUAUUUCCUCUUCCAUUUAGAGAGAUGAACUUAAAGGAGAAAGACAAACUAAGUUUGAUGGACCUUAUAACUCAGUUUUUCCCAGAGACAAAAGGACUGAACCUUACAAGAAGAAAUCAAUUCAAAGUCUUGUUCAUUCUUGAUGGAUUGGAUGAAUGUCGACUUCCUGUAAACUUUAAGGAUAAUGAGACGUGGUCUGAUGUAUCAUCACCAGCCUCUCUGGAUGUUCUCCUGACGAACCUCAUCAAGGGAAAUCUGCUUCCUUCUGCUCUCAUCUGGAUCACCAGCAGACCAGCAGCUGCCAGUAAGAUUCCUCCUGACUGUAUCGACCGGCUGACAGAGAUACGAGGAUUCAAUGAUGCACAAAAGGAGGAGUACUUAAGAAAAAGAUUCACGGAUGAGAAUCAGGCAAAAGAAGUCAUUGAUCAUGUUAAACAAUCAAAGAGUCUCUUUAUCAUGUGCCACAUCCCAGUCUUCUGCUGGAUUUCAGCCACUGUUCUCCAGAACAUUUUAGAGGAGAAAAGAAAUAAUGUUGUGUCAAAUAGUGAAGACACUCCUAAGACUCUGACACAAAUGUACACACACUUCCUCAGAUUUCAGAUCCAGCAGAGCAGACGAAAGUAUGAUGGAGAACAUACACCAGAUGUUUCCUGGGAUAAAGAUGCCCUCUUUUCACUGGGGAAACUGGCAUUUGAUCAGCUGGAAAGAAACAAUGUGAUCUUCUAUGACACAGAUCUAGAAGCCUGUGGUAUUGAUGUCUAUAAGGCAUCAGUGUACUCAGGCAUGUGUACCCAGAUCUUUAAGAAGGAAACCGGGAUCGUUCUGGGUACCAUGUACUGCUUCGUUCACUUGAGCAUUCAAGAGUUUAUUGCAGCCCUUUAUGCACAUCUGUUUCUAGACAUGAAGAAGAAAAGUAUAUUUGUUCGUGAGUCUGCAAAAUGGAAAUAUAAAAGUAAAACCAUGAUUGAUUUGCUCAAGACUGCAGUGGACAAGGCACUAGAGAGUGAUAAUGGACACCUGGAUCUUUUUCUUCGAUUCCUCCUUGGUUUGUCACUCCAGUCCAAUCAGAGACUCUUACAGGGUCUGUUGACACAUGAAGAAGACAAUGAGCAGAGCAAAGAGGAAAUAGUUCAGUACAUCAAGCAGAAAUUAGAGUCUAAUCUGUCUCCAGAGAGAUCCAUCAAUCUGUUCUACUGUCUGAAUGAACUGAACGACCAAACUCUGGUGAAAGACAUUCAGACCCACCUUAACAAAGGAAGUCUCUCAUCUGCUGAUCUUUCACCUGCCCAGUGGUCUGCUUUGGCCUUUGUGUUGUUGACAUCAGACGAGGAGCUGGAGGAGUUUGAUCUUCAGAAAUUCAAGAAAUCAGAUGACUGUCUCAUUAGAUUAUCAGCAGUCAUCAAAACCUGCAAAAGAGCUCUGCUAAAUGAUUGUGGCUUAACAGACAAAAGCUGUCCAGCUCUGGCUUCAGUUCUUGGAUCAGAUACCAAUCUGAAAGAGCUGAACAUGAACAAUAAUAAUCUGCAGGACUCAGGAGUGAAUCUGCUCUGCACUGGACUUAAGGAUAUAAAUUGCAAACUAGAGAUACUUAGACUUUCAGACUGCAGUAUCAGUGAAGAAGGUUAUAAAGCUCUGUCUUCAGCUCUGAGAUCAAACCCUUCACACCUGAUAGAGCUGGAUCUCACAGGAAAUGAUCCUGGAGAAUCAGGAGUGAAGCAGCUCAGUGAUUUACUACAGGAUCCAAACUGUCAAAUCAAGACUCUGAGUCUGAAGAAGAACUGUAUCACAGAAGGAGGUUGUCAUGUUCUGGCUGCAGCUCUAAAUUCAAACCCUUCAAAUCUGACAGAGCUGGAUCUGAGUGAGAAUAAACUAGGAAACCCAGGAAUGAAGAUCAUCUUGACUCUGUAUGAAAAUGUACAGUGUAGACUGGAAAAGCUGAAGUUAAACUGCAUCAGUAUUACAGAUGAAGGUUGUGCUGCUCUGGCAUCAGCAUUUAAUUCAAACCUCAGAGAGCUGGAUCUGAGCAGGAAUCAAAUAGGAGACUCUGGAGUGUCAGAAAUCUGCAGUCUGCUGAGAAAUUCACAGACACUACAGAUACUAAGACUUUCAAUCCAUGGUGUCCUUCAUACGGUCAUGGUUUCCACUUCCUGCUACAGUAAAGCAACCCCAUAA